UGCAAAUAGAAGUAUCAUAACAACACUAUUACAAGUCAUUCGACACUAUAUAGAGGACGAUCAAUAUGAUACUCAAUGCAUGUAGGGCCGCGCAACGUCCGUUUGCGACGUCCGCGCGCGGCUACCAAGCUAUCGGAUCCUUCCACACGCCCAGCAUCGAUGACAUCUUCCUGGAAUCGUCUCCAAGACCAGUUCCAUUCCACAUCCCGCCGGUUCCACCAAUCGCGCCGUUUGGACACGACCUCAAGGCUGCCUUCUUCCUCGACCCGACGUGGAUCUUUUUGAAUCACGGCGCAUUUGGUUCGACCCUUCGCCUAGCGAUGCACACAGCGCAGAUGUGGCGCGAUUACGCCGAGGAACAGCCCCUCAAGUUUAUCGACCGCGAGCUGUUCUUCCACCUCGUCGACUCGAUCAAAGCACUGGCGUCGUCCAUCCGCGCCUCGUCACCGAAGGACGUCGUGCUGCUUACCAAUGCGACCGCGGGAAUCAACACGGUCGUCGAGUCGAUGGCGAAGCGCAUGCGUCCAGGCGACUCCAUUUACACUCUGGAUGUCGCGUACGGCGCAGUCAAAAAGCUGCUACAUCAAGUGUGUUCGGAACACGAGCUCAUGUUGCACACCCAAGCUCUUCCUUAUGCAACUUCACACGAUGACGACGCCAUUCUCACGUUUAUCGCGGACACGAUACCGCCCGAUUGCAAACUGGUUGUCGUGGAUCACAUUACAUCGAACACAGCGACCGUGCUUCCCGUCCAGCGCAUCGUCGAGCUGUGCCACGCGCGCGGCAUCCCCGUCUUGGUAGAUGGCGCCCACGGCCUGCUCAACUUGGACUUGGAUGUAUCUGACAUUGGCGCCGACUUUUACGUGGGCAACUGCCACAAGUGGCUUUGCUCGACCAAGGGAGCUGCGUUUCUGCAUGUGCAGCCAGAACACCAGGCCAAGAUGCGGCCGCGAAGUCAAUCUCACGGCCUUGAUGGAAGCUUCCAAGCACGAUUUCUGUGGACAGGACUGCAAGACUACAGCGCGCUAUUGACGCUACCGACGAUCUUGGCGUACUGGAACCAAGCAAAUGGCGUGCGAGAGUACAUGCAUGAGACUAUAAACGUGGCAGAUCGAGAGUUGCGCCGGGCGUGGCAUCUCCCCGAGGUAUGCACGAUGAUGGGGGUACAAGUGUCGUCGUUGAUGAGAGAUUUGAGCACAUGUAGUCAAUUGUGCCCGCACACAAGCGUAGUGCCAUGCGCCUUGUACCGCUACCUCCGCAUGUGUUUGGCAUGGACGCGACUGCAACAAAGACGUCUAGCGAUGCCAAGUGUGUGCAAGACCGACUGCAUGCCGAGUUCCACGUGGAAGUGCCCGUCAAGUGCAUCGACGGGCGGCUGUACCUUCGUCUGUCGGCCCACGUGUACAAUUGCGUCGAGGACUACGAGUACCUCAGUCACAUCAUCCAUCCUUGACAAGGCAGUUACUGUAGUUACACAUGUAACCGUCAAAAUAUUAUUUCGACAUUUCGCAUACUAA